AGGGGAGGAGGAGCCGGAGAGAGACAUCUCCGCAUCUGAGAAGAACACACGUCAUGACAGGCCAAAGUGGAAGAGAAGUUUUCACCGUAGUGAAGUAAUGGAAUGGAAGAAUAAAACCAGCAUGCCAACAUAAAGUGGAUCCGGAGCGAAUGAGAAUAACGAUCGGGGAAACGAGAUGGCACAAGAAGAACCGCUGUAUGAUUUCCCGGAGCCUGCUCAACAUUCGGAGCGCAAGUUAUUGGCCCUUCAAAGAGGAAGGGCCUCUCUGAAAAGCAUCAGUGUUCUGGACCGGCUCCUUCUCACAGUUCCUGUGUGGUUUCAGCUGUCCAUCAACCCUGCUACCGCUCUGCACAUACUGCAGAGGGAGCCCCCUGGGACCUUCCUGGUGCGCAAGUCUCGAACUUCCCAAAGAAACGUGCUGUGCGUCCGCCUGACGGAUGAUAGUGUGCCAUCCUUCGUCCAGCAGUUUGGCAUCAGGCAGCAAGACUCCAGUAAUACUCUGUCUCUGGAGACUUCAGGCAUCAGCUUUCCAGAUCUCCCGAGACUCGUUUCCUUCUACUGUGUCAGCAGAGAUGUAUUACGCUUUCCUCUGGAGCUUCCAGAAGCAAUUGCAAAAGCAUCAUCCCACAAAGAGCUGGAGUCCAUCUCCCAUAUGGGAAUAGAAUUCUGGAACUCCCACCUAAAUGUCAGAGGGCCACGAGAGGCCCCUAAGCCCCAGAAGGUGAAAGAGGACCCUGGGACCCCUGUCCCUCCUACUGCGGCCCCUCAGACAGCCUCUGCAGCUCAGCCUGAUACAGCUCUCCAGCCCGACUCAGACAAGACCAGCACUAAACCAGACAGCGCCAGCAAACAAUCAGUAUCCAAUCCCACGCUGUUCCAUGAGUUCUGUCCAAUCACGACUCGCAGCCCCGUAGAGCUGGACUACGGCUCUGGCCAGGGCGCUCUCUGUUUCGUCAACCCCCUUUUCCUGCAGUCCCAGAAUGCUUUGUGUAGACGGCGCAUGUUCAAACGCAGCCUCAAUAUUCGGAUUUCCACAGAGUCGUCGACCCUGCUGUCGCCCCCGCUCGCCCGUCCACCUCCACCACCUCUAAUGCCCAAAACCAAACAAAAAUGUAAAGCCCAGAAACACACACAAGGUAUGGCAGAUCCCAAUGGAUCACUUUUACAAGAGAAACCGAGUCAGGAUGCUCCUCAGCAGGGCCAAACACAGGUGGAACCAGACCAAAGUGAAGAUGGAGUCACAGCUCAGCUACCAACGGUGAUAGAGAAUCUUCCAGAAGACUCAGACUACAUGCAGCCGUCUCCAAUGAUCAAUUUCUCUCAUUCUCCAUCACUAUCACCCUACCUCUCCCCAUCCAAUCCAAUGGUGCCUCCACUUCCCCGAAAAGCAUCUUCGUCCUUCUCGCUUCAUGAAUAUCCCGGGGCUUCUCCCUCCCUCUCACCUUAUCAAUCCCCAUCUCUUUCUCCCAAGGCUCCCUUCUCAAUCUCUCCCUAUGACUCACCCAGCGCUUCACCCUCUCUUUCACCUUACCAGUCCCCAUCUCUUUCCCCUAAAGUCUCUCCCUCAAACUCCUUCCCUCAGCUGGCGGAGGCCUAUCAUAUACCUGCUACUAUUUUAAGACUUCAUCAGCAAAAACUAGAGAGAAAAGCAGAGGAGGGGGAGGCAGGUGAAAAUGUGGAUGAAGAUGAGACAAAUCAGGAACGGCACAAAAAGAUGGAGGACGAGGGAAAGGGUCUGGUUUUACAGAUGAAAGCAGCUUCUCUAAAUGACACAGACAGUUGCAGUUCCUCCACCAGUCUCGAGGGGGCAGCAGAGACUCCACCUCACUUACCCCCCAAACAGGAAAAUGGAACAAGCCUCUAGCAAACAAAUAUUUUAGACUUUUAACGAUUAUAUAACAUAAGCACCACGUAAAAUUAAAUGUUUUGGAGUAAAUAAGACUUGAUGACCCCUGUAGUUAUACAUGUUUUAACUGGAAGUUAUGUAUACAUAAUUGUGCUAACAUUUUCUAAAGCAUACCAAUUUGUUUGACUGAUUUCCUACUCCCAAGGAAGCCAUUUAUUUCCUGAUAUCACUAUUUUCUGAAGAGAUUUCAGACAUGACGCUUUAUUCCAGACCUUGUGUUAGGUAAUCCAUAAACAUUAAAUUAAUUUGAUCUGUUUGCA